UAGUAAACUACCCCGAAGCAACAAUCGAAUGUGAUUGGUGAAUUCAAACAUAGGAACCAAUCACAUUCAAUUGCUACUUACCGCUCAGUCAGUGGUUGUGCUUCUGAAUGCACCCAUUGUUUUCAGUCUAAAAUUUCAAAUUGUUUGAUGAUAACCAUAACCCUAAUUUUGAUGGUCAAUCGCACAUUCUGACGAUUCUCCAAAGUAGAGUGUUGAUCAAAUAAAAACCUGAAGAAAAAAAAAAGAGUUAUUUAUUCGGAUGUGUUUUCAAUAAAUUUUCGAAGAUGCCCCAGUGCGAAGUUUGCGGUUGCACCGAUUUUUAUAAAGCAUCCGGUUACUCUUUUUGCUCGACAUGUCAAACGCAGAAUCAGGAUGUUGGAGAGGAGCUAGAACUAGAAUUGCCCAUGGAAAAUAAUGUGAAGUUGCGAAAAACAAAAAUUCGUCGUAUAAGAAGUGACAAAGAUGAGGAAGUUGGAUGGACAUCAUGGGAAUUGUAUAAUUUUGUCUUAAUUGGUUUGACAAAUGAGCUUAUUGAGCUCGGUGUAUCAGCUGAUAUAAAAAUAACAGUGUUACAACUAUGGGCACGAUAUCUAGGGAAACUGGAAAUAGCUUUUAUAUCUAAAAAUAAGAAACUGCUACCUAAAUUAGCCAGGAGAUAUAAGAGAAGAGAUGCUGAAAUUAUAUAUGGCAAGAUCUUGUCACAAAAAAAAAGUAAGAAACGAAGAAAAGUUGAAAGUAAUGCAACAGAUUCUGCAAUUUCUAUUCCUUUAAGUGAAGAGACUUCUUUAAGAGAAUUAAAUAGGAAUAAACAACUUAUGAUUACUGCAGAUUAUGAUAAAUUUAUGGAGUCACAAAUGAAUUCAGAAGGAGAUACAUUGAGUACAUUUAAUCAAAGUGUACAUAGCAUGCAGUCUAGUACAUACACGCAACACGCAAAACAACCUUUUGAAAGAAUAUGUUUUAAUUCUUUUGCUAAGGAGGAAACAAGAAAGAUAAAAGAAAUGGCAAAGAAAAUACCAAGAUACAAACGCACAAAAUACAAACAAAAUCAUAUAACAACUCAGUACAAAACAGGACCGGAAUUAAUUACACCCAUGAAAUUGUGGGCAAUCUUGUAUUUGGCUUUAAGAAUUCAUAAUCAAGAUAUACAUUUAAGUGAUAUGCUAAGAUAUGGGAGAGAAGGGCAUUUAUCUUAUUACAAAUUGGAUCGGUUGAUACCUCCUGAAGUGGCUUUAACAAGAAAUGAUAUAAAUUUCUUAUCACGAGCUAUGGAUAUAACGCAUAAGGGAAUGAGAAGAAUAAUUGGAAGAAUGGCGAAAUUUCUUGGCGUUACGAAAAUAAUUUGUCCCGAUUUUUUACCGCUUAUCAACCGAUAUUGCAGUGAAUUGAAUUUACCAAGAGGGAUAUUAUUAUACACAGAAAGAUUUGUAGCUUUAUCUCCACCAAAAAUGAAGUUUGAUAAAAAGUCCUGUAUUCCCAAUUAUGAAGGUCGUGCUAUGGCAUUUAUUAUUGUAGUAUUGAAAACGUUAUUGAGUUUGGAUGGCAUUACAGAAUAUGAAAUCAGUAAUGUUGCUGAUAAAAUUAAUAGUGCAAUUAACAAUGAAGGUAUAAGUGAUACAAAACUAUUUAGUUUUCGAGAAUGGCAGAAGUACAUUGAAUGUAGAAAAGCUGUUUUAGCUAAUGCACACUAUCCCACCAAGUUAAAAUACAAUUCGCACAUACCAGACGUAAAUAGCUUGUAUGUCAAAUUUUUGGAGGCCAUUGAUUCCAAAGUGGACAGAGAAGAAGAGCCUGAAAUAAUUGCAAACAAGCAUCUAAUAUCGCGUAAACUUGUUCACGCAAUGAAGCAGUGUAUUACUAAUAUAAGUUACAUGGAUUUACCGAUAAAUGAGACGAACGAGUUCUUUCCUUCAUUAACAGCACAUCACUCGUAUCUUCAACAAUUAUUGGAACACCCAUUAUAUGAUCUUCCAAAUGUGCUUCGAAAUGGCUUUUUUCCUACAAAAAUUGGAUAUAUGACAAAACCAGAAUUCCUCUACAAAUUGGCCUCACAUUACAAUAUGCAAAUACGUUUCAUUGAUUCAAAUUUGCAUUUUGUUGAAAAGACUGUAAGACCUUUUGAGCAAACAAAAAUGGCUAGUAUAAAAGAUUUGAAGGAUAAUAUAGCAAUACAGGAUUCUUUGAAGGAAGAAAUCGAGAGAAAAGAAGAUUUCAUGGAAUAUUUACAUAGCAAAAUGUUUUGUUGUCUUAAAAUUGAUAUAAAGAAAAGACAGUAUUAUGACAAUAUUUGUAAUCCAAUUAUAAAGGUCCUUCCAUUAGCAUCGUCAGAUGAAUUUAUAUUCAAUGAGAUUUUGCCAAAUGGUAAAUUGUCCAUCCCAACGUCAGGCAACGCCAACGACGAUGAAAAUGAUUAUGAUGAUGAAAAUGAUACAUGUUUAAAAGAUAUUGUUUCCAAAGAAACGGCAUUAUCGUUAUCCAAAUUUUGUAAAGAAUACGAUAUGGAUCUUUCAAGUACAGAAAAAAGAGCUAUAUUUAAAAAUUUAAAUCAAAUAAAGAAACAAAAGCGCAAAAUUUUUAGAAAUGCACGCGGUAAAUUCAUAAAGCAAAAUAAUAUCGAAAACCUAGAAAAAGAUGAAUCUUAUACAGAAGACUCUGAAAUUAUUUCAAGAGAAAGUUUUGAAAUUAAAAAUAUAUUACCAAACAUUUCCGAUAUUUUGAAUUUAAGUACUAAUGCAUCUAUUUUUGAUGACUUCAUGAAAAAUGAAAUUGAAUAUGAUCAGUUGGAAAAUAGUAAAGAACCAGUAAUUAAUGAUACUGCUUUUAUAUUAGACGAAAAUUUGGAUGACCACACUCUCAAAUUGCUCAGACCUUUUAAAGAUUAUUGGAUGUAUCAUUGCAAUUUUAGUCGUGUGAAGACCAAAAAUUUUGAAUUAUUCGAGAAAAUGUUGCCAAGGAGUUUUCGAUGGUUACUAAAUGAAUGCGCGGGUAUCAUUGAAAUGUCAACGGAAGAUCUUUAUGAAGAAGUAUGUCUCAUUGAAGCUUAUUAUGCUUAUUUUUCGGAGCAAUCCACUGCAUCAAAUUCAAGUACCGAAAAUAGCAAUAAAGCGUAUAUUAAUGCAAUUUUGAGGAAAUGGUAAAGUAAAACGAAAAAUACUAUCGAUUCAACUAAUACAAGUCCAAAUCUGUGAUAUUGUAAUUAUAUUUUAAUAAGUGAAGAAUUGAUAAUAUUUUU